AUGUCUACGUCGAUGUUGCUGGCCAGCAUCAUGCUCGCGCAAUACGCGCUGGCCGCGCCACGGCCGCAGUCUUACAAUAGCGAUGGCAGCGACACAAAUCCACACAGCGUCGAUACGGAUGCCGGUGCCUCGGGUUCAUCGACCUCAUUCAACAUCAGCAAAGGCGGUGUUGCGGCCAUCAUUAUUGUCGUCGUCCUGGUCAUCAUUUUCGGAGUGGGCUCGGCAGUCCUCUGGUAUUUGGCUAAACGUCGUGGAUGGAACGUUCGAGCCUCGAUCGCACAAGUGUCCCAUCGCGUCACGGGUCGAUUCGCCACGAAACCCUCGGCCGCGGAUCGUCGCUCGAAACGCGCUGGGCAGCACCUCGACGACGGCAUUCCUCUCAAAGGCCACAAACGCGGCAUUGUUGUGCAAGUCUCGAAUGUAGAGAAGGCAUCGGCAGGAGCGAGCAAUUCCUCCAAAAAUGUACGAUAG